CUGUCGAGAGCUUCAGUUCUAGAGCAACAAUGUCUCUAUUUCUGAAGCCCUUCCUCUUCCUAUACGAUACCACUCUUAGUCUCCUCUUACUUCUGUUUAAUGGAGGGAGUCUUGAAGAUGCUGCAGCAACACAGGAGAGGCUUGAAGCAGACAAAAAUGCUGCAGAGUCUGAAUGGAUCCAACUCCAGUAUUUGUGGACCAAAACGAGGAGUGUUGUAUUACUUCCUGUUUUCAAGGGUUUGGUGGUUAUGUGUUUGGUUCUAUCUAUUAUAGUGUUCUUCGAGAGUUUUUACAUGAACUUUGUGAUACUCUUCGUCAAGUUAUUUAGACGUAAACCCCAUAAAGUGUACAAAUGGGAGGCCAUGCAAGAAGAUGUUGAGGUUGGACCCGAUAACUACCCAAUGGUUCUUAUCCAAAUACCAAUGUACAAUGAAAAAGAGGUUUUUCAAUUAUCUAUAGCGGCAAUAUGUAGUUUGGUCUGGCCAUCAAGCCGCCUAGUAGUUCAAGUUGUAGAUGAUUCUACGGAUCCGGCAGUAAGGGACGGUGUGGACAUAGAGAUUGCAAAAUGGCAAAGCCAAGGCAUAAACAUAAGGUGUGAAAGGAGAGAUAACAGGAACGGCUACAAAGCCGGAGCUAUGAAAGAAGCUCUUACGCAUAGCUACGUCAAGCAAUGCGAUUUCGUAGCAGUCUUCGAUGCCGAUUUCCAACCAGAGCCCGAUUACCUCAUCCGCGCCGUCCCCUUUCUUGUCCACAACCCUGACGUUGCUCUCGUUCAAGCCCGAUGGAUAUUUGUUAACGCGAACAAAUGCUUGAUGACGAGGAUGCAAGAGAUGUCUCUCAACUAUCAUUUCAAAGUGGAACAAGAAUCAGGGUCGACUAGACAUGCUUUCUUCGGAUUUAAUGGAACCGCGGGUGUAUGGAGAAUAUCGGCAAUGGAAGCAGCAGGAGGAUGGAAAUCAAGGACCACAGUAGAGGACAUGGACUUGGCUGUUCGUGUUGGUCUUCACGGCUGGAAAUUUGUCUACCUUAACGACCUCACGGUGAGAAACGAGCUUCCAAGCAAAUUCAAGGCCUACCGAUUCCAGCAACAUAGGUGGUCCUGUGGCCCUGCGAAUCUAUUUAGAAAAAUGACGAUGGAGAUCAUUCGUAAUAAGAGAGUAUCAAUAUGGAAGAAGUUCUAUGUGAUCUACAGCUUUUUCUUCGUAAGGAAAGUGGCAGUACACUUCUUGACAUUCUUCUUCUACUGUAUAAUUGUGCCAACAAGUGUCUUCUUCCCUGAAAUCCAUAUCCCAUCUUGGUCUACCAUUUACGUUCCCUCUUUGAUCAGUAUCUUCCAUACCCUGGCAACUCCAAGAUCCUUCUACCUCGUGAUAUUUUGGAUCUUGUUCGAGAAUGUAAUGGCUAUGCAUCGAACCAAAGGAACGUGCAUUGGCCUACUUGAAGGAGGAAGAGUUAACGAAUGGGUUGUGACCGAAAAAUUAGGAGAUGCUUUAAAGAAUAAGCUACUCUCGCGAGUCGUCCAAAGGAAAUCUUGUUAUGAGAGAGUGAAUUCAAAGGAAGUGAUGGUGGGGGUGUACAUAUUAGGAUGUGCACUCUAUGGCCUGAUCUAUGGCCACACAUGGUUACAUUUCUAUCUUUUUCUUCAGGCCACGGCCUUUUUCGUCUCCGCGUAUAACGAGAAACAGCUGUUCCAGCCGUUUGAAACGGAAAACGCAAACGCGAUGACCGCGGUUAUGGAGCGAGGAUUAAAGACGCAGCGGCCGGAGCACAAGAACGCUUAUGCGACGAUGAUGUACAUGGGAACACCAAGAGACUACGAGUUCUACGUUGCGACACGUGUCUUGAUCAGAUCGCUUAAGGGUCUUCACGUGGACGCUGAUAUCGUCGUCAUCGCCUCUCUGGACGUUCCGAUCAACUGGAUUCACGCUCUGGAAGAAGAGGACGGAGCUAAAGUAGUGAGAGUAGAGAAUCUUGAGAAUCCAUACAAGAAACAAACCAACUUCGACAGCAGAUUCAAGCUUAGUCUAAACAAGCUCUACGCUUGGUCUCUCUCUGAUUAUGACCGUGUCGUAAUGCUCGACGUCGACAAUCUCUUCCUCAAAAACACAGACGAGCUCUUCCAGUGUGGCCAAUUCUGUGCUGUCUUCAUUAACCCUUGCAUCUUCCACACUGGUCUCUUUGUGUUGCAGCCAUCAAUGGAGGUCUUUAGAGACAUGAUUCAUGAGCUUGAAGUAAAGAGAGAUAACUCUGAUGGAGCUGAUCAAGGCUUUCUUGUCAGCUACUUCUCUGAUUUACUCAAUCAGCCUCUCUUUCGUAGUCCUUCCGAUAACCGCACCACCGCGCUUACGGGACAUUUUAGGCUUCCUUUGGGAUAUCAAAUGGACGCAUCUUAUUAUUACCUAAAACUCAGAUGGAACGUACCGUGUGGACCGAAUAGUGUGAUUACGUUCCCAGGAGCAGUUUGGUUAAAGCCAUGGUACUGGUGGUCAUGGCCUGUUCUUCCUUUAGGUCUCUCAUGGCACAACCAACGCCGCUACACCAUAAGUUAUUCCACAGAGAUGCCUUGGGUUCUAAUCCAAGCAGUGUUCUAUCUAGGGAUCAUACUAGUCACACGCCUAGCGCGUCCCAACAUGACCAAGCUAUGUUACCGACGUUCUGAUAAGAAUCUAAGCAUGAUCCAGACAACUUUCAAGGUUGUUGCACUCCUCUUGAUCCUCUCAGCCUACAUUAUACCAUUCUUCAUCAUCCCACAGACGAUCCACCCGCUCAUCGGUUGGUCUCUCUACUUAACCGGCUCCUUUGCUCUCUCUACCAUACCCAUCAACGCCUUCUUACUUCCAAUGCUCCCUGUCAUAACACCAUGGCUUGGCAUUUUUGGGACGCUUCUCGUGAUGGCUUUUCCUUCUUAUCCUGAUGGCGUUGUCAGAGCAUUGUCGGUUUUCGGGUAUGCAUUUUGUUGUGCACCGUUUCUAUGGGUCUCCUUUGUGAAGAUCACAUCACAUCUUCAGGUUAUGAUUGACAAAGAGGUUUUGUUUCCGCGGUUGGGUGAAUCCGGAGUCACUUCUGGUCUCAGCAAAUUGUACUGACUAAGACGGCAAGAUUUUGAUCAUCUUGAUGGAUUGCUUAUGUACAUAAUAAAGGUUAGAGAGGAUU